AUGAAUUAUUGUCUUCCUUUGAGUACUCUACAAACAACUACCAAACGAAGACUUACUUUGAGAAGACUUUGUUGCAAACAGCUCAGGAAGAAGACUUUGGUGCAGAUUGCAGAGGAAGAGGAAGCAAACACAACUAUGGCCGAUGCUGUAAUUGGUGCUACUGUUCAAGUUUUGCUUGAAAAGUUGAUUUCUCUCACUAUCGAGGAGGUCAACAGCUCAAGGGAUUUCAACAAAGAUCUCGAAAUGUUGACACAAAAUGUAUCUAUUGAAGCUAUAUCCUUAAUCCAAGCUUUCAUUCAUGAUGUUAAAACACCACAAGUUGAGAAACAACAGUCUAUCGAACAAUGGCUCAACAGGCUUGAGAGAGUUGCUGAAGAUGCUGAAAAUGUGUUUGAUCGAUUCAGAUAUGAAUCUCUCAAAACAAAAGUGGUGAGGAGCCCAUUGAAAAAGGUCAGUGGUUUCUUUUCUCAUUCUGCUUUUAAGAGAAAAAUGUCUCAAAAUAUCAACAACAUAAAUAAAGAGUUGACGGCUAUCAAUAAGGUAGCCAAAGACCUCGGUCUACAAUCACUCAUGGUACCUUCUCGGAAAAUACUACCAAUUCGAGAAACAGAUUCCUUAGUAGUUGCUUCAGAUGUUGUUGGUAGAGAUUUGGAUGUUUCUGAGAUAAAGGAGAAGAUUUUGAACAUGAGAGAGGAGGAUGUUGUUCUGUCCACCAUUCCCAUAGUAGGUAUGGGAGGUUUAGGGAAAACAACUGUGGCUAAGAGGAUUUACAAUGAUGAACACAUCAAUGAAAUCUUUAAAAAGAGAAUUUGGUUGUGUAUACCUGAAAUGUCUGAAACGAAGAGCUUUCUUGAACAAAUCCUCGAAUCGUUGAUAGAGAGGAAAAUUGAGGUUGAAAGGAGAGAUAUAAUAGUCAAGAAGCUACAAGAUGAAUUGGGAGGAAAAAAAUAUUUGCUAGUCCUGGAUGAUUUGUGGUGUGUUGACUCUACAUCGUGGCAUGAGUUCGUGGACACCUUGAGAGGAAUAAAUACAUCCAGAGGAAACUGCAUUCUUGUGACUACUCGUAUGAAGCGGGUGGCAUCCACAGUAGCAACAGAUCUUCAUAUCUUGGGGAAGUUAACAGAAGAUCAUUGUUGGUCUAUUUUCAAACAAAAAGCAUUUGUUGAUGGCAGGGUUCCAGAGGAAUUAGCGAGCAUGGGCAACAAGAUUGCUAAAAUGUGCCAAGGUCUACCGUUGGCUGCAAGUGCGUUGGGAGGGCUCUUACACAACAAAGAAAAACAUGAAUGGCAAGCAAUUCUUGAUGGCAACCUCCUUGUUGCAGGUGAUGAUGAUAAUGGAGACAAUAGCAUAAAGAAAAUCCUAAAACUCAGCUAUGAUUAUCUACCAUCUCCACAUCUGAAAAAAUGCUUUGCUUAUUUUGCAAUGUUUCCAAAAGAUUAUAUGUUUGAAAAGGACCAACUAAUCCAACUCUGGAUGGCAGAAGGGUUUCUUCGUCCAAGUCAAGAGAUCCCUGUGAUGGAAGACGUUGGGCACAGGUUUUUUCAAAUCUUGUUGCAGAAUUCCUUGCUACAAGAUGUUGUGUUAGAUGAACACAACAAUAUAACACACUGUAAGAUGCACGAUCUUGUGCAUGAUUUGGCUGGAGAUAUCUUAAAAUCUAGACUAUUUGAUCCGAAGGGCGACAAUGGAGAAAAACUUUCUCAAGUUCGAUACUUUGGAUGUGAGUCACCAACGGAUCAAAUAGAUAAGAUAUAUGAGCAUCCCCAAAUUGUUGCGAAACCGCGAUCCCCUAUUUGUCAACACUUGUGUAUCUCUUCUGCAUUCAUCCACUACAUCUGCUUCAGUGCUUCAUUUUGCAACUUGACAUCUCUCGUAGAUCUUAGUGUCCAUGCUGGGAAUGAGCUCACUUGUUUUCCUGAUGAGAUGCUACGCAACAACGUUUCUCUUCAAAACCUAACGGUCUCAGCCUGCAGAGACUUUCGUGAAUUGCCACAAAGCUUGUGCAAUCUCCAUUCUCUUAAGAGCUUACAAAUACACUUGUGCCCCAAUUUCAGUGCUUUCCCUGUUCCCAGUGGAGAGAAUUAUUUGACUUCCCUCCAAAGUCUUGAGUUAUAUUAUUGUUAUGGAUUGAGGAAUGCUAGAGCAUUGUCGGUCUCUGGAAUCUUUGGUGUUCAUGUGCUUGUACCCGCAGGGGGCCUUCAUCGUCUCACCAGGUUAAGGAUAUUGCAUAUUGGUCCUUUCUCAGAGAUGGUGGAUUUUGAGGAAUUCCAAUUGAUUUUUAAUGGCAUUCAGCAGCUAUCGUCCCUUCGUAGAUUGGAUGUGUACGGACGUACGCGUUGGGAUUCUCUGCCCCAUCAGCUUAUGCAGAUCUCUUCCCUAACACAUAUCCAUAUAUGUGAUUUCGGAAUCGAGGAUCUUCCUCAUAGACUUGAGAACCUUACUGCUCUUGAAGCAUUACGUCUAGAGAGCUGCAAACGGCUACAACAUCUGGACUUCUCAGAUGUCAUUCUCAAAUUACGGUAUGUGGAGAUCCGUGAUUGUCCAUUUUUAGAAGUUGUGUCAGAUGCGCUUGGCAACCUUGUUUUUUUGGAAGAGUUGAGUUUAUGUAACUGCGAAAAACUAGAGCAUUUGCCAUCUAGAGAUGCCAUUCGACACCUCACUAAAUUAUGGGAUGCUAUUGUAUCAGUCUCCUUUGAGAAGGACUUCAACGGGUUGACCUGUUUGAGGCGUAUCUGUCCAUUAGAUGCCAUGCCCAAAUUAUGGUAUGUGGAGAUCUAUGAUUGUCCAUUGUUAGAAGCUCUGUCGGAUGGGCUCGGCAACCUUGUUUCUUUGCAAGAGUUAAGUUUACGAAACUGUGAAAAACUAGAGCAUUUGCCCUCCAGAGAUGACAUGCGACGCCUCACUAAAUUACAGAGCCUGAGAAUUGAAGGCCGCCCAAAGUUAGAAGAAAGUUGCAACAAUCGGAGUGGCCCAGUGGUCCAACAUUUCUCAUAUUCCUAA